ACAAUCUGUGAUUACAUGUUUCCGCCCUUUGUAAUAGGAAAUACACAGUUUACUUUCAUUUUUGAGUGUGAGCCUCUUCUCAACGAAGUAGGAAAGGACAGAGGCUGUUACCUAUGGCAGAAGGCAACCGAAGAAAAAAACCACUUAAGAUGCUGGAAUCUUUGGGCAAAGAUUUGCUCACUGGUGUUUUGGAUAACUUGGUGGAACAAAAUGUGCUGAACUGGAAGGAAGAGGAAAAGAAGAAAUAUUAUGAUGCCAAAACUGAAGACAAGGUUCAGGUCGUGGCAGACUCUAUUCAAAAGAAACAACGUAUGGCAGGGCAAAUGCUUCUCAAAACCUUUAUAAACAUAGACCAAUUAUCCCCCAAUGACAAAGAUAAGCCGAAUAUGGAGGUUGGACCACCGGAGACAGGAGAAUCUACAGAUGCCCUCAAGCUUUGCCCUCCUGAAGAAUUCCUGAGACUAUGUAAAGAAAGAGCUAAAGAGAUCUAUCCAAUAAAGGAGAGAAAGGGCCGCACACGCCUGGCUCUCAUCAUAUGCAACACAGAGUUUGACCAUCUGCCUCCGAGGAAUGGAGCUGACUUUGACAUCACAGGGAUGAAGGAGCUGCUUGAGGGUCUGGACUACCGUGUGGUUGUAGAAGAGAAACUGACAGCCAGGGAUAUGGAGUCAGUGCUGAGGGCAUUUGCUGCCCGACCAGAACACAAGUCCUCAGACAGCACGUUCUUGGUGCUCAUGUCUCAUGGCAUCCUGGAGGGAAUCUGUGGAAUGGCGCAUGAUGAGGAAAACCCAGAUGUGCUGCUUUAUGACACCAUCUUCCAGAUAUUCAACAACCGCAACUGUGUCAGUCUAAGGGACAAACCCAAGGUCAUCAUUGUCCAGGCCUGCAGGGGUGCAAACCGCGGGGAUCUGCUGGUUCCAGAUGCUCCAGCAUCCUUGGCAGUGGCUUCUUCAAAGUCACUUGAUAACCUAGAGGAAGAUGCUAUUCACAAGACCCACGUGGAGAAGGACUUCAUUGCUUUCUGCUCUUCAACCCCACAUAAUGUGUCCUGGAGAGACAGCACAAUGGGCUCCAUCUUCAUCACACAACUCAUUGCAUGCUUCCAGAAAUAUUCUUGGUGCUGCCACCUAGAGGAAGUAUUUCGAAAGGUGCAGCAAUCAUUUGAAACUCCAAGGGAUAAAGCCCAAAUGCCCACCAUAGAACGAUUAUCCAUGACAAGAUAUUUCUAUCUCUUUCCUGGCAAUUGAAAACUGAAGCCACAAGUCACCUAGCCCUCCUUCAUCAACUUCAAGGAGCACCUUUAUUAGUACGGCUUGCAUAUUUAACAUUUUAUGUUUCAAUAAAAGUGAAGACAAAA